AUGUCUCGCCCGAUCCCCUUCUCCGAACCCCUGUACCUCUGUGGGUUACCCUCGCCCUACUAUACGCCGUCCCACCUCCGUUGGCAGAAGGCGUGCCGAGCAUUUGUCACCAAAAACCUCCAUCAAUACGCCUUAGAAUGGGAGCGUGAGGAGACCGUUCCUCCUCAUGUCUUCCAGAAGUUUGCGGAUGCAAAUAUGCUCCUCCCGAAUUUAACAGCAGCAUUGCCAGUCCAAUGGCUGAAGAGAUUGGGCAUAAAUGACAUACUGGGCGUAGUGAAGGUCGAGGACUGGGACUACAUCCAUACAGCUAUUUUCUGCGAUGAGAUGUCACGGAGCGGGUUGACGGGGCCCGGAGCGAGUCUAACAACAGGCAUGGCGUUUGGCGUUCCUCCACUACUGAAGUUUGGUAGCCAGGAUCUGCAAGAAAGGUCCAUACCCGAGCUUCUACUGGGGAAGAAGAGGACGUGCAUUGCUAUUACGGAGCCUGGAGCGGGAAGUGAUGUGGCUGGCAUUGAGACUACAGCUGAGAAGACGGAGGAUGGAAAAACAUUAUGUGGUAAAUGGGACGAAGAAAUGGAUCACAAACGGGAUAUGGUCGCACUACUGCACUAUGGCUGUUCGUACUUCUGGGCCUGGCCCUGCAGGUCUGUCUCUUAUUGUGGUUCCUCUCCUUGA